AUGGGCGACAGCUAUUUUGGUCGUCUUUACGGGGUUCUGAGGCCCGGCCCACGCGCCCCGCUGGUGAAGGCCGGAGUUGGUCUGGCCGAAAGCACCCGCCCCCGGCGUCCACCGACUCGACGGUUCGGCCUCGCGUUCGCCCUCUACAGAACCAAAUUUAAGGUAUGGGUGUUCAACCGCUCGGCUCCCCACAGCUCUGACAUCCUCGAAGUUCACAAAGACUCAGAAAAAUUCAUUCAAAUGAUCGUGGGCUAUGCGAUGAUGAGCUACGAAGAGCUGGGACUCGAUGUCUUCAGGACACAUUUGUCAUAUUUUACAUCACAACAGCCAAGGCCGGAGGUCGACUUCCGCCGGCGCAGGGCCGACUCUGUCCUGUCUGAGAAACAGCGCUUGAUCUCCGACCAGAGCAAGCGCUCCUCCAUCAUGCCCAAAAGCCCGGACUCCAUAUACCGUGGUCGUUGCGUGGAGGGAAGGCUCGCGGCGUUGGGCUGUUAG